AUGAGUAGUCCACACGGUACUUUAGAAGUAACUAUCGUCGAAGCUCGUCAUCUCAAAGAUGAAGACAUUGUCGGUAAAAAUGAUGCUUUUGUUGAAGUUUAUUUGGAUAAAGAUUAUAAACUACGAACAAAAACUAUUCGAAAUUCCAAUGAUCCAACAUGGAAUGAAAAAUUUACUUUUAAUUUGAGCCGAAGUCAUGAAGAUUUACAUAUAUCUGUGUAUGAUGAUGAUACAGCUGGCAAAGAUUCAAUUGGUUCAGCAAAGAUUGAUUUGAGAAAACAUGACUUUACAAAAGGUCCUUAUGAUGAAUGGAUUAAACUACCAGCUUUAUUGGGGCUUCGUUCGAAAGGUGAAAUUCAUGUUACCAUUGAACAUCAUCAAUAG